GCGUCGCCCACCGGCGGGGCGGAGCGGUGUUGGGGUCCGCCCGAGGGACGCGACAGCCGGACGGGAGCGGCCGCCGGAGGGAGUGAGAGGCGGGUGCGGGGGGCAGCGCCAUGGCCGAGAGAUACGACGUGAUCGUGGUCGGGGGCGGCAUCUCAGGUCUCUCAGCAGCCAAACUGCUGACUGAGUGGGGCUUGAAUGUGGUAUUGCUUGAAGCCAAUGACAGAGUUGGUGGAAGAACUUUCACCAUAAGGAAUAAGCAUGUUAAAUAUGUGGACCUUGGAGGAGCUUAUGUGGGGCCAACACAAAAUCGUCUCUUGCGGUUAUCUAAGGAGUUAGGAAUAGAGACGUAUAAAGUGAAUGAAGUUGAGCACCUGAUACACCAUGUCAAGGGUAAGUCUUACCCUUUUAAAGGUCCAUUCCCUCCUAUGUGGAAUCCAUUGGCCUACCUGGACUACAACAACCUCUGGAGGACCAUGGAUGAAAUGGGAAAGGAGAUUCCCAGUGAAGCUCCAUGGAAGGCUCCACAUGCAGAAGAAUGGGACAAAAUGACUAUGAAAGAUUUCAUAGAUAAAACUUGCUGGACAAAUGCUGCCAAGAGUUUUGCAACCCUGUUUGUGAAUGUGGAUGUCACUUCUGAACCCCAUGAGGUCUCUGCCCUUUGGUUUUUGUGGUACGUGAAGCAGUGUGGGGGCACAACAAGGAUAUUCUCAACAACCAAUGGAGGGCAGGAGAGGAAGUUUGUUGGAGGCUCUGGCCAGAUCAGUGAGAAAAUAAUGGAGCGCCUGGGAGGCCGGGUGAAGCUGAGGAAGCCAGUUGUGCGCAUCGACCAGUCGAGUGAACGUGUUGUAGUGGGAACCUUAGAUAAUGAAUUAUAUGAGGCCAAAUAUGUGAUCAGUGCCAUUCCCCCAGCUCUUUGUUUGAAGAUUCAUUUCAACCCACCUUUGCCUCCAGCGAGAAACCAGCUCAUCAACCGAAUCCCCAUGGGCUCAGUCAUCAAGUGCAUUGUGUACUAUAAGGAAACUUUUUGGAGGAAGAAGGGGUAUUGUGGUACCAUGAUAAUUGAAGAUGAGGAUGCUGCUAUUGGUUUAACACUUGACGAUACUAAGCCUGAUGGCAGCUUUCCUGCCAUAAUAGGCUUCAUUCUUGCUCGAAAAUGUAGAAGACUGACAGGUCUCACAAAAGAAGAAAGGAAGACGAGGCUAUGUGAGCUCUAUGCAAAAGUUCUUGGAUCAGAGGAAGCUUUACAUCCAGUGCAUUAUGAAGAGAAGAACUGGUGUGAAGAGCAGUAUUCUGGGGGUUGCUACACAGCCUACUUCCCACCAGGCAUAAUGACUCAGUAUGGAAGGAUUAUUCGGGAGCCUGUCGGCAGGAUCUAUUUUGCUGGCACAGAGACAGCCACGGAGUGGAGCGGGUACAUGGAGGGAGCUAUACAGGCUGGAGAAAGAGCAGCCAGAGAGGUACUGUUCGCUAUGAGGAAAAUCCCAGACAGUGAAAUUUGGAAGCCAGAACCUGAAUCAAUUGAUGUUCCAGCUUUGCCCAUCACUACAACCUUCUGGGAAAGGAACUUGCCAUCUGUGCCAGGAUUGCUAAAGCUGAUUGGAUUUUCCACUUUCUUUACUUCUGUGGCUGUGGCAGGAUUAUUUGCCUACAAAAAGGGACUUCUGGCUCGAAACUGAAAAAGGUGCCAAUGCAAAGCCUCACAUUCAACUGUGUCUUGCUACUAUUAUGCUGUGGAGCUUGUCACCACUAUGGGAUUAAAAAGAAGGAUUUGCUGCUGUUUUCUUGACAUCUUCCACACAAAAGGAAUAUGUGGUGCUUUGUUUAUGUGGAUGCCAGUGUGAUGAAAAAAUGACGAACAUAGGUAGAGAAUCAAGUUGUUUCCCCAUGGGCAGAGGGAACUGUGAGCACUGGCUUACAUUUUAAAAUUCCUUCAUGCCAGCUCUUCAAAGAGAGGAAUAGAGUCUGGUUUAACAGGUAACCAGUCAUGCUAUAUUCUUAAUUUAUUAACAUGUUUGAUGACAAAUCUGCUAUCAUGAAAGUUCCAUCAGUUUGCCAUCUUCAUAAAACGUAUUAUAGGAACAAUCAUGGAAAUAAUUGUAUUUGUCUCUUUCAAACUGAUUUGUGUUAUUAUGUAUAUUUUGUAAGGCUCUUAAGAGUUUGGGAAAAAAGAAAAAAGAGGCUUGCUUGCUUGUACAACUGUAUAUUGUAAAGGAUGUAGAGUCAUGGCACAAAAUUCUGUGUUAACCAAAGUACUUGAGAGCUAAUUGUAUGAACUACUUGAUAACAACAAGGAAGUGAGCAACCUGAGGCAGCCCCUUGUCUUUCCUUGAACUAGUACCUUAUUUUUUUUUUCUCAGUGGAGAUCUUGAUUCCAAAUAGCACACCUGCUGUCAAUAAAACAAAGACAUUUAAUCACAAGUGUAUAUCUAAGCCUUGUCUAUCACUGGAACCCAAGACCUAGAAGAGAAGCUAGGGACUUCUAUUAAAAUAAUCUUCCUUUGUCCUCAGUGAGACUAUGGUUUCACUGAAAGAGACUUUACAGUAGUGCAGAAAUUUAAAGAUUUUUUUUUUCUUUUUUUUUGGAGACAUGACAAAAAAAAAGGGUUUUUGAGGAAGAAGGAAUUGUAUGUCCUCCAAAAUUACUUGGAUGCAAAGAGGAGCCAGGAUUAAAUAACAACAGAUCUGCCACUGCUCUCAGGCAAGAAGCCAACCCACUUAAAUCACAGAUUACAAAUAUUCCCAAAUAAACAUGACCCGUGAUUAAAUGGACUAACAUUCCCUUUUACAUUUUCCUCACCUUAAGAUCACCUUGAUCUUACAGUCUGUUCUUCAACAGAGAUAAAAAUGAGGUAGCCAAAGCUGUUUUACUUUCAAAGUGUCUCUAACAGUCAAAUUGUUUAGGCAUUGUCAUAGACUGCCGCUUAUAGCGUGUCUCCUGUGGUUGUGUACGGGUCAGUGUUCAGUGAUGCCUGCCUCUGUGUUUCGGAAAAAAAAAGUAACUUCACUUUGCAGGAAUAUAUAUGCUGUGUGUGUAAUGAAUUUGUGCCUUUUAUAACUGUAGCAUUUUCUCAAGUGCCUCUGUGGUGACUGUCUCCCUUGGUUUCCUUCUUAAGUUCCCUUUUCCAUAGUCUCUGCAGAUAUUUUUAUCUGACAGCUGUGAACUUUUUUUAACCUUAAUUAGAAUCAAUAAAUAUUGUCAUGUCUCGUUUA